CGAUACCCGCCAAUGCCGUGGCAAUCAACGCAAGCGCCUCGGUCGACACAUAUGCCCCGACGUGCUGAGACACGGCGACGCACGAGCUAGACUUCCUGGUUGCUGAGACAGUCUAGUUGGGUGAGGAUAUCAUGCCUCUCGUUCGCUAUCUGCCUACGUCAUUAAGAUGAGCGACGAUGCAGAUACUGGUCCUGGUCCUAGUCUUGAAGCUCGCAAGAACAACCACCUUGGCACGUUCUACUUGACGGAUGAUGAAAGGAAGCACGGGUAUGAACUUAGAUUUCUGGAGGGAUGGGGCGGGAAAGCGUUGGGCCAGUCGAGGCAUUCGCCUCAGAAGUCACUACUGGCGAAUGAAGGACGAAAUCGCGUUGGUGGAGAGAAGAAUCAUGUAAUGGCCUCGUGUUCGACAACAGAACCGUGCACUGCGCACAUUUGUGGCAAGAUGGAGGAUGGGUUUCGAGAUUCGGGGCAAGGAGACAGUGUGCCUCUUGCCCACACGACCCAGAACCAUCGAUUUUCCAGACCAGCUGUACUCCUAUAUGGCCGAGGCAAGCCAUAUGGAAGAUGUUUCGAGCAAUGCAGGUGUUUUUCAACGAGAUCGAUAUCAGGACACUCGAGAUAUUGGUUGGAUGGUCCUUCAUUAGUAGAACCUGUCCCAAGAGGAACUUGGUCACGAGUAUUCAGCUUCUUCUAUCAGGAAUGAUGGCACAAAUGUCUCGUAGCAUGAGCUCCCGCAACCAUUACUUCCGUUUGGCUCAGCAGCGCAUCUCAUGACGCAUCAUGAAAUCUGGUGAAUUGCACUUUGAAGCACAUGAGUUUAGUCAGAGACGCUCGUGAAGAACCCUCCCUGUAACCCUAUUCGUAUUUACGAUUCACAGUUGCCGUAUCUGCCAAGCCUCUAACCCAAUUCCAUUCACAAUGCGCAUGUUGUGAUCCAGGUGAUCAUUGCCAACCUCAUGGGGUGCGGCUGACCUAAGCUGAGUCCUGUUGCCACUGCUCGUUUCGUUGGUUCGAAAGAACAUCCAUAAACGAAACGAGCGUAUGACC